AUGGCCCCUGAGGUCGUCGAUGGAGUCGUAUUCGUCCCCGCAAAUGAACAGAAUCCCAACUUUCCAAGGACAGAACCUCGAAGUUUGGACUCUUUGAGUAGAGCCAACACCCAAAGGCCAAUUUCAAGUCCAAGGAUGCAGCCGGAGGUUCUCGGCCAGAUUGGAACCUUCUCUCGAGAUGAGUCCGGAAGGCCUCCUCGCCUUCGACGUCGGAUCACGAUUGGUGGUUUGGGCCAGGAUGCAAAAGAAGUCGAGCAAGGUACUUGGCGGUCAGGUAUAAAGAAACACUCAAAUACCUUUCAAGGCGGAGAUUCUAAAUUUCCGUCUGUGAAAAGCCAUUACCCUCCUACCAGCUGGAGGUCUACAGCAACCGUCCAAUUCACCACCUCAAAUGUUGGCGAAUACGACUUGUUGGAACGCAGUUCUAGUAGCGGAUUGGAUGGUGGAUUUGGGAGGUCGAACAACAAUGUCGGCCUUGGAAAAGUGGACCUCAACCCACCCUCAUCAACCGCCACAAUGACUUCCAGUCUGCCGCAAGGUCCGAGAAGUCCUGAAGCCUCAAUCAAUCCUGCGCCUCAGCCUCUGCCAGUUCGAUCAAGAUCUCGUCGCUACAGCAUAAUCUUUUCCGCUCCCGGGACCCCGGAAAACGCCGCCACCCCCCAAAACAGGGCGACGGGUGCUUCAGCUGCAAAUCGGCCAGCUUCGGCCGGGAGGACGCCUCUGCCAGAUCCGGAGACUGCUUAUGCUCACACAUACUACUACACAGUCUGUGCCCACACGUCGCCUCCAAUGUCUCGUCCCCUUAAUGUGCAGCCUACACUUGCGCAGUAUCGCAGGGGUCUCCUUGCGUACCCACCGUUCCAUCUGCGUGCGUACAAUCCCGAUCAAGGAACAUCAUCGCCGAUGAUUUACGUGCUCGACGGCUCAUGUUCUGACUGUGAUAUCACAAUGCGACGCCAGGCCGAGUCAAAGGUGUUGGACAGAUACACUCAUGAGCUGGAAAACCUGUCGAUCCAAUUGAGUCUCCUUCAGAAGGACAUUGCUCUUGAAACUUGUAACGUGUCAUUUCCUGACAAAAGCGACGAUGCAAUAACCAUGUUUUCGUUCCCCUCGACGUUGGAACUCGAGCCUGAGGCGACACAGGCUAUUUUCGAGAUGGAGGAUCGGCUGGACCAGUUAGUCAGAAGGCGUGAUCAUGAAGUGAAACAGAUUUGGAGAGGAUACACUGCGAGGUGGGGUCCAGCUACGGUUGGCAUUCAUCGCGAAGACAAUAUUCGGGGACGAAGUCGGGCAAGGACUGCCGACACACGAGAUACUAUAUCCCAGGAGGAUACAGCGGGCUCAACGACCAGUUUUGGCAUUUUUUCCGAUGACCGUAGUCCCGGAAGAACCCGCACAAUGACCACAGUGAGCACGCAGACAACUAUGCCUCCAUCUCACCUAAGUCGAAGAAGCAGCUACAAUACCCGGUCACGCGCGAGUUCCGUCGGUGGUCCACAGGAACGAUACUCGGAUGGAACGUACGACCUGAGUGUCGACUCGUCGGUGGACGGCGUCAAAGGGCGAGGGCGGAUGGUGGUGGACUGGAUACGGCCAGGACGAAGAGAAGGUAGAAGCAGGAGCAUGGCCCAGACGUCAAGCCGGAAAAGCAGCUGGCCGGGCAAAUAG